AUGAAGUCAGGACCAAAAUAUGAUGGAAAAUACCUACAUGAAGUCGUAAAGGAAACAUUGAAUUUUGUGCAAACUCUAAGAGGACCAAAAUAUGAUGGAAAAUACCUACAUGAAGUCGUAAAGGAAAAAUUGAAAGACACUCGUCUUAGUAAUACUAUUACUAACGUUGUUAUUCCAACUUUUGAUAUCAAAAAGUUGCAACCAACCAUUUUCUCCACUUAUGAGACGAAACGAGCAGCAUGUUAUGAUGCAAAAUUGUCGGAUAUUUGUAUUAGUACAUCAGCAGCUCCUACUUAUCUUCCUGCUCAUUAUUUCAAAGUUGAAGAUGGCAAAGACAAUGUUAGAGAACAUCAUCUCAUUGAUGGUGGUGUUGCUGCUAAUAAUCCGUGUUUGAUUGCAAUAUCGGAAGUAAGCAAAGAAAUUUUCAAGAACAAUCCGGAUUUCUACCCAAUAAAACCGAUGGAAUAUGGUCGUUUUCUUGUAAUAUCACUAGGGACAGGAGCUGCAAAAUAUGAACAAAAAUAUGAUUCAUCCAUGGCAGCAAAAUGGGGGAUUGUUGAGUGGUUAUUGCACAAAGGUUAUCCAUUAAUAGAAGUAUUCAGACAAUCAAGUGCUGAUAUGGUUGAUUAUCAUAAUUCUGUUGUUGUUCAAGCUCUUCGUAGUGAAGAUAGUUACCUUCGAAUUCAAGAGGAUGAAUUGAGUGGAACAGAAGCCUCAGUAGAUGUGGCUACAAAAGAAAAUUUGGAGAGGUUAGUGGAAAUUGGAGAAAAAUUAUUGAAAAAACCACUUUCAAGGGUAAAUUUGGAAACAGGUUUAACAGAACCAAUUCCUAAAGGAGGCACUAAUGAGGAAGCCCUUAAGGGUAUAUCAUCAUAA